AUGAAUACAGAAUCUGCAGAAUCGAAGGACUUUGAAAAGCAGAUCUACAGCGAAGAUGUGGCUUCUGCUGAGGCCUUGAAUAUGGGAGAUGCUCUCAAGGAGUCCCAGGCUGGAGAUGACCAGAGGUUGAAGCGUGUUUUGCAUGCUAGGCACUUGUCGAUGAUUGCCAUUGGUGGCGCUUUGGGAACCGGCUUAUUGAUUGGUACGGGUAAUGCCUUGAGACUCGCCGGGCCUGCGGCUAUUUUCUUGAGUUACUCGGUGAUUGGUUUCGUCGUUUACAUGGUUUUGACCGGUUUGGGAGAAGUCGCAACACAUAUUCCUUUGGCGGACGGUUUUGCUGGUUACUGCAGAAGAUAUGUGGACGAGGCUCUUGGUUUCGCCUGUGGCUGGACUUAUUUGUUUUUGCAGUUGUUGGUGACAGCCAACCAGUUGGUCGCUGGCAGCUUGACUAUGCAAUACUGGAUCGACGAGGAAAGAGCCAAUCCAGGUAUCUGGAUCGCCGUGUUCUUGACUGUGAGUACCACCAUCAAUGUUCUCGGUGUUCGCUUUUUUGGUGAAGUGGAGUUCUGGGUUUGCAUUGUGAAGAUCUGUACCUGUAUUGGUCUCGUUAUCUUAUUGCUCGUGAUCGCUUUGGGUGGUGGACCUAGCGGUGACAGACUUGGUUUCAGAUUCUGGCAAAACCCUGGAGCUUUCAGAGCAUACACUGAGCCAGAAAGAGGCGUGAACAUUGAGGGCGACCUUGGAAGAUUCGUUUCGUUCAUCUCGGUGCUUGUCAAUAGUGUCUUUGCAUACUCGAGUUGUGAAAUGGUUGGUGUUACUUUCCCUGAAUGUGCUCGUCCAAGAAAAGCCAUUCCCAAAGCCAUCAGAUUGACCUUCUACCGUAUUGUGAUCUUUUACGUCCUCAAUGUCUUGGUCUUGGGAAUGUGUGUGCCUUUCGAUGACCCCAGACUCUUGGGAACUAGUGGCACAAACGCUUCAGCUUCUCCUUUUGUGAUUGCCAUCUUCAAUGCCCAGAUUCAAGGUUUGGAUCAUGUCAUCAACGCCUGUAUUUUGAUCUUUGUCACUUCUGCAGCUGUCGCCGACAUGUACAUUGGUUCCAGAACCCUUUAUGGACUUUCAAUGUCUGGCUAUGCACCCAAGUUCUUCUCCAAAACGGACAAGAGAGGUGUCCCAUACUGGGGUAUUGUUCUUGCUUUUGGAUUUGGCUGCUUGGCCUUCAUGGCUACGUCCUCGGAUUCCGCAGAGGUGUUCCAGCACUUUGUGAAUGUUGUUUCUCUCAACGGUUUGCUUGCCUGGUCGUGUAUUCUUCUUGUCCACGUGCGUUUCAUGAGAGCGUUGAAGGCUCAGGGGUACGACAGAAAGAAGGACUUGGCUUUCCGGUCUCCUAUCCAACCAUUCGGCACGUACUUCUCCCUUGGAAUUUGUGUCUUUGUGAUAUUUGCAAAGAACUUUACAGUGUUCCUCGGAAGCCCCUUCGACUAUGAGACGUUCAUCACCGGUUACAUCAUGCUUCCUGUCUUUAUCGUGUUGUUCCUUGGUUGGAAGUUCUGGCACAAAACAAGGUUCGUUCGUGCCAGCGAGAUUGACCUCACUUCUUUCAAAGAGGCCUUUGAUAUCCAGGAGGAGAAGUUCUUGGCACAGGAUGAAGAGGAUAAAGCUGCCAGAAGGGCUGCAGGCAAUCCUAUCAAUUUGAAGUGGCUUUAUGAGAAGAUUUUUGGCUGGGUGUUCUAA